UCUCCUAAUGACUUUUCUUCUUCCUCUAUUUGUCUUAAACCCUAUGUUCCUGUCUGUUCUAAGAACCUAACUAGACUUUUGUUUGUGUUUUUAAUUUUUCAGUUUGAAGCAACUUUGAAGAAACCUAAGAACUUAGGUAAGGCAGAGUCUAAGGAAUGUUUGAAGACCAGAGCGAAUCUAAAGAAGCGUAAGAAACAUGUGUUGAACGUUGGAAGAGUGACGAGGUUUAGCGAUCUUCCACUAGACUUGGUUGGCGAUAAGAUACUCUCCAAGCUUCCAAUAACGUCUCUUGGAGCGGUGCGUUCCACUUGCAAGUUAUGGAACGCUUUAUCCAGAGAAUGGAUCUUGAGUAACGCAGCAAAAUUAAAGCGGCAAGUUUUAGGUUUCAUGACGAUGGAUUACAAGAUCUAUUCAUUGAGAUUCCAUCUCCACAAAGACAAGUAUAGGGGAGUUUAUCAAUCUAGAAAGCAUAUAGAUAUACUUAAUCAAGUCGAGAUAUCCAAAGUCUUUCACUGCCACGGCUUAUUGUUAUGCGUACUCAAGGACAAGUCGAGGCUCGUGGUAUGGAACCCUUAUUUGGGGCAAACAAGGUGGAUUGAACCUAGAACAAAUUUCCAUAAAUGCGACAGGUAUGCUUUCGGGUAUGACAAGAACCGUAACCACAAAAUAUUGAGAUGUUUUGAUGAUUAUGACAUCAUCAACAAAAAACUCUCUUUCAUGGUCGAAAUCUACGACUUGAGAUCUCAUUCUUGGAAGGUUCUUGACGUUACUUCGGACUUGGCAAUAGAGUAUGAUGCUAACGGAGCGUCUUUGAAAGGAAAUACUUAUUUUUUUGUUCAAGAGGAGAUACCACCUGGUGAUGGAAGUAUAGUGGUAUCAGACCUUGAAGAUUUUUUAAUCUGUUUUGAUUUUACAAACGAGAGAUUUGGACAGCGUCUGCCUCUUCCGUUUCACUCUAGUUUACAAGAAGCUGUGACACUCUCUUGUGUUGGAGAAGAUCAGCUCGCCGUGCUAUAUGAAAGGUUGUAUACAAUAGGGACAUUGGAGUUUUGGGUUACUACUAAGAUUGAGCCCAACGCGGUGACUUGGAGCAAGUUUUUGAACGUAGAUAUGACACCACAUGAUGGUUAUUUGUCUCAUGUUGGGAGUUUCAUCAUUGACGAAGAGGAGAAAGCUGCAAUGGUUUUCGAUGGACGCAGAGACGACCAACCCUCAAAGACACGUCGGUACCACAGGGCUAUGACCGUUGGAGAUGGAUAUUGUGGAUUAUAUGAGGGUCUUAGAAAAUGUCCGACUGAGACUCGUCCCCCACUGGUGUGCUCGUCUUCUUAUCUUCCAAGCUUAGUGCAAAUCAACUAA